AUCUCCUCCCCUUCCUUAAAUAUCCUCAGAUUGAGCUCGACCUGCUGAGGAGCUCCACUGGCGCUCAUUUGCGAUUUGACUCGUUAGCUCAUUAGCCCUUAGCUCGUUAGCUUGUUAGCUUAUUUUCUCGCUUGGCCAUCGUAAAGGGUUCAACCUGACGAAGGGAAUAUUUAUCGGCGUUUAUCAACGUUUAUUGAGGUUUAUGAACUGAUUCAUUGCACAAGACAACAUGUUGGAGAUGCUUGAGUACAGCCAUUACCAGGUACAGACUCACCUGGAGAACCCCACUAAGUACCACCUCCAGCAGGCCCAGAGGCACCAGGUGAAGCAUUACCUGUCCAGCACCCUGGGGGCCAAACUCAGCCCACAGGCCAGCAGUGGGCCGUGCCCGAGCCAGCCCCCGGAGCACGGCAUGCCCCCCGGCCCAGGAGCCAGCGCCCCGAACAGCCCUAUGGCCCUGCUCACCCUCACCUCCAACUGCGAGAAAGAGAUGGACGAUGUAAUUGAAGAUAUUAUCAGCCUGGAGUCGAGUUAUAAUGAUGAUAUACUCGGACUCAUGGAUACAGGACUACAGAUGGCGAAUACAAUCCCUGUUUCUGCGAAUCUGCUGGAUAUCUACAGUAAUCACACGCUUCCUCCUGGAGGGGUCGGCAUGGGAAACUCCUGCUCAUCCAACUUACCCAACGUUAAAAGGGAAUUUUCAGCUCCAGGCAUGAUGCACGUGGACAAACCUGGACCAUGUGGCAAGUUUGACUCUUAUGAGAGGCCUGAAGGCCUUCCAGUAGAAGCGGAGGUCAGAGCUAUGGUGAAGGAGAGACAAAAGAAAGACAACCACAACUUAAUUGAAAGAAGACGACGUUUCAACAUAAACGACAGAAUUAAAGAACUUGGGACGCUAAUCCCCAAAUCUAAUGAUCCAGAUAUGAGGUGGAAUAAGGGGACGAUCCUGAAGGCCUCGGUGGAUUAUAUCCGGAAGCUGCAGAGAGAACAGCAGAGAGCUAAAGAGCUGGAGAGCAGACACAAGAGACUGGAGCAUGCUAACAGACACCUGCUGCUCCGCAUUCAGGAGCUGGAGAUUCAGGCCCGAGCUCACGGUCUGGCUGUAGGCGGUUCCUCGGCUCUCUGCUCCUCUGAACUGGUGGCUCGAGCCAUAAAGCAGGAGCCGGGUCUGGGGGACUGCUCCUCCUCCGACCUGUACGCCCACUCCCACCUGUCCAGCCCCGACCUGACCCGACCCACCACCCUGGACCUGAACAACGGCACCAUCAGCUACAACGACAGCCCCACGGACGAGCCGGACACGGUGCUCUACUCCACCCACGACAAAACCUCCGGCAAGCUGGAGGACAUGUUCAUGGAUAACGCUCUGUCACCCAUGGGCUCCGGCAACCCCCUGCUGUCGUCAGGCUCCCCCACGCCCUCCAACAGCAGCAGCAGACGCAGCAGCAGCAGCAGCGUGGAGGAGAACGACAAGCGCUGUUAGAACUGAGAACGGACUCCAAACAACCAAAGCUACUGCCUUUACUGCUGUUUAUACUGCCUGAAUAAAGAGGCCUUUAUUCUAGAA